GCAAUGCUACGUGUCAGCGAUGUUUCCGGUAGCGGCCAUUUUCCUUUUUCUGUCUUUUUAGCUUUCGGUGCAAAGACAACGUGUUUUAUCCACGAUGGCUGAGCAAGAGGAUGGAGGAACUGUCGUCAAGAAGCGUAUCUUCAAGAAGUUCACCUACCGUGGGGUGGAUUUGGAUCAAUUGCUGGACAUGCCAAAUGACCAGGUGGUUGAGCUGAUGCACAGCCGUGCCCGUCGGCGUUUCUCCCGAGGACUCAAACGCAAACCAAUGGCCCUUAUUAAGAAGCUGCGUAAAGCUAAGAAGGAUGCUCCUCCACUAGAGAAGCCCGCCAUUGUCAAGACACAUCUCCGGAAUAUGAUUGUUGUACCCGAAAUGGUUGGUUCCAUCAUUGGCGUGUACAACGGCAAAGCAUUCAAUCAGAUUGAAGUGAGACCCGAUAUGAUUGGACACUACUUGGGUGAGUUCUCAGUUACGUACAAACCCGUAAAGCACGGAAGACCCGGUAUCGGUGCUACCCACAGUUCCCGGUUCAUUCCGCUUAAGUAAGGAGGAUCCCACUUCACAAAAAUAAAGGCGUGAAGAAAGAAAUUA